CUGCUGAGAGCAGAAGCUGCCUGCACAAUGCUGAGCUCAGGUCUUUGUCCCGUUCUCCUGGUGCUCUCAGUGCUGCAGCUGAGCUGGUCCCUGAGUGAUGAAGAAAAGAAGAUAAUCUUGGAUGAGCAUAAUAAAUAUCGCUCUGAGGUCGAUCCCCCUGCCAGGGCUAUGAUGAAGAUGACCUGGGACCCGGACCUGGAGGUCAAUACUCGAGCCUUUGCAAAGCAGUGCAUCUGGGGCAAGAACGGUGAACAGAAGGGGAAAAAUUUCUUUGCUACAGCUUCAACCCUGGACGUAAAAUUGGCCAUUGAACAAUGGGAUGGGGAGAGGGAAUUCUACAGCUUCACAACUCACGAGUGUGACAAUGGGCAGACGUGUGACAACCACACCCAGAUGGUCUGGGCAGACACAACUCGCACUGGCUGUGGGAAAAGUUUUUGUGAGAAGGUCGAUGGAAUCGAAACAGAGAAUGUGCACGUGCUUGUUUGCAGCUAUUUCCCCCCGGGUAACAUGAAAAGCAAAAAGCCCUACAUGGAAGGACCCCCAUGUACAAUGUGUCCCACGGGCACAGUCUGUGUGAACAACCUGUGUGUAUCAGCCCUGGACACAGAAAACCAACAGAUGACAAGUGUGGAUCCACCCAAAGCUGGAGCUCCCAGUACCUGCUUGGGGCUUUCGCUCUUCCUUGUCCCCAGUGCCAUCCUGGUGGGCCUUCUGCUCUGAAGGGUCUUCCUCAGCUGUCCCUGCACCCCUCACCAAGGCUUUGGUCAGCGCUGGUUGUUCCACAACCCUGGUAGGCUCAGGAGACUCCUUGGACAAUUCACACGCUCCCUCCUUACGCUGCCUUCUCUGCUGCAGCCCCGGCGAGCCAAGGGCAGCCGGCAGGCCCGGAGGAACUUGGUCCCCUUCCCGAGGAGACCCGAGGGCAGGAGGGUGUUUGCCAUAAUGCUGGUGACCUUGGACGCUUCUCCUUUUUCCUGGCUUCCGUUGCAUUUCCAGGCUGGAAGUGUUGAGCUCUCCCACCCACCCACCUGCUCGUGUGACCCCAGGGACAGCGAGGUGACUUGGGGACAAUGAGACAUGGUGGUUGGCUUUGGUGUUUGUAGAUGAGACAUGGUGGUUGAGUUUGGUGGAUUUUUCCAGCAGAAAUGCUCUUUUCCCUCCCAGUGUGUCCAUCUCAAUUUUGGACAAGUUUUACCUCUUUCCCUUCUUGUCCAAAAAGAGUGGCUGUUUUGAUUUCUGUUUCUGGAGGAUUUCUGUUUCCUCCUGGUUCUGGUGUAGCUCUGGCCAGUACUACCCAGCUCUUCUCCCCUCUCCUCCUCACACUCUGCAGCCCUUGCCUCCUCCCUCUCUCCUGCUCUCUGGCACACAUCCCCUUCCUCAGUUACUCCAAUGCCAUGGAUUUAUUUUACGCGUGUGCCUGCACCUGUGUGCACGCACAGAAGAGAAGAGCUGAGAGCAGCCACCAGCUCCUUCAUGUAGCUUUUCCCUGCAUGGCUUCAUUCUUUGCAUAAUUUCAGUGUAUUUGAAUUUAGAUACAGAUCCUGCUUGACAUGUAACUUGUGUGUGUGUGGUCAGGGAGAACAAAUCCCCAUGUGUGUCGGUACAAUCUGAGCUCCAGAGAUACAAGUGACACUGUUAGAGGUUAUUGGUGGCUCCUGGGCACAUCGCAGGACUGCUGGCAUUGUCUGGGACACUGUGUUUUGUUACCCCACGGCUCUCCUCCCUUCACCUGAGGAUUCCCAGUCAGGUGUGUUAAAUAUGUGACAAGCUUUGCAGACUGGUGGAAGGAAGAUAACAGGGAGAUACAGCCCCUUCUCUGGUCAUUGCAACCUUUCAUUUCUUACAGAUGAGGUGGAGGAUGACCUGAAGGCCAUUAUUCACAUCCUCCACUGCUGCUCUGUCCUGUGCAUCCCCAGAGCAUGCACUGAAUAAAUCCAGUUGUGAAAGUC